AUGACUAACAAGGAUAAUGAAUCUUCAACAGAUACGGUGACAACUGACUCAAAAACCACAUCAUCAUCAUCUGAAAAUAAUCCAGCAAUGUUGUCUACCGUCUCAUUAAAUAAUUCCACUAAUGAAGAACAAUCUAUCCAAAAUACUACUAAUGAUCAAAAUAAUAGUGUUAUUGAAAAAGAUUCUCAGGAUAAUCAAUUAGUUGAAGUUCAAACAGAACGACAACAACAAGAUGAACAAGAACAACAAGAAGUCGAAGGUGAAGAUGAUGAAUUUAUUCGAAUAACUGCAGCUCAUCAAAUGUUAACUGAAGCACAAACAUAUGACGAACAAAAAAAAUAUCCCGCUGCAUUACAUCUCUAUCGUAUAUGUGUUGAUCUUCUUCUUGAAGAAUUAAUGUUUACUGAAGGUACUGAACAAUCACGUGUUUAUUUACGUGAAAAAUGUACAGCUAUUAUGGAUCGUAUUGAUUUACUUAAAACAAUGCUUGAUCCAAUCCCACCAUCAUCAUCACCACCACCAAUGCUUGAACAAACAACAUCACCAACACUAAUGCUUGAACAAACAGCACCACCACCACCAACAACAACAACAACAACAACAAUAGAUGCAGAAGCAACUAAUCCGCCUACUGACGAAUUAAACUCACUUAAUUUAUCUUAG